CAUAUGGACACAUCCUUGAUUGAUGCUGAUGUCCAGACCAACUAUGUCCGAGUUACAUUGAAGGGCAAGUUUUUCCAACUGUGUUUGGACGAGGAAGUGAAUGCGGACUCCAGUACAGCAAAGCGGUCACAGAUCACUGGUAACCUGCUGAUCACUAUGCCCAAGGCAAAGCCUAUGUUGACCGCCCCCAAACCAAAGACGACAGUUCAAGAGAAAAACAAAGAAAAUAAAGAAAACAACAAAAUGGAUAAACAGAGCAGAACAAAGGAGGAGAAGUUGGAGGUGGACGCGUCGGUACACAAGACUGUAGAUAUAGCUGGUAUCAUGGAAAACAGUAAAAGAACUGUCCCGCCUCUCGGAUCAAAUGUCCGACGUCCGGCGGUGGAACGUCCAAACAGUGCAGACUUUGUUGACGAUGCAGAUGUUCCCCCUCUGAUGUGAUGUCCAACAACAGUGAUGGAAGACCUCCAUUGUGUAAAUGUUUAUCUCAGCAAAUUGUGUUGAUAAACAAUAGGAACAGAUAAUAAAUAAAGUCCGUAGAUUUCCCCCCUGACUCUCUACAAUGCUAGUGAAUACUGUAUACCAGGACAUUUUUGUCUGGUUAUAUUUUUUCGCCUCUCCACAGUGAAAUCCAUUCUCGCCCAAUAUUAGAUUUACAUUUAAAUUACUAUUAUUAUACAUGAAUGUUAUUUUUUCAAAUGUUCCCUGUAAUAAUAAAUUCCCCCCAAUACAAAAAGGUGAAAAUUAAACUGCAGCGACAAUUUCCCGGUAAACUGCAUUAACGGUCUAAAAAGGUGAUUUUUAAUGAGGGUUUUUUCUAUAUGAGAUUAAUGAAACAAAAUUUCCUUUUAAGCUUUAGUCUGGUGAACUACAAGAAAUUUCUGAGACCAGUACAAAACUCUCACAGGGAAAAAAAUAAAAAUCCUUUUUAUAACAUAAAUAGAUAGCACUGCACAAUGUUGACCAUCAUUUGCAGAAUAGUACCACUGUUUAUGCUGUAAAUUUAAUAACUUUAUUGAGAAAAUGAAGAUCCUGUGUGAAAGGGACCACCAACUAUGUAAGACAAGAGAGACAUAUCAGUGAAUUGUAACAAAAAAAGGAGAGCAGGGCAUUGGAAUAUGUUGGCAGUAAGUGAUGUAAAAAUGAAAUGACUGACAUUAUAUUGACAGUUACUUUAAAAAUAUUCUUAUAAAAGGAAGACAUUGAACUUGGGCAACAUGAUUGGUGGAUAGUAGCCUUAAACAAGAUCAUCAUCACAUCAUAGAAAUCCAUAUGAAAUGAUUACUAUGUGUGUCAUUUGAAUAAUUAUUGUGAAUAUCAUAUGUUUGUAUAUAAUGUGUUAGGGUAUGUAAGGAUGUUGAAUGUUUGUGCCUAUAAGUACACAUGUACUAGAUGUGUUGGACAAUGUAUGUAUGAUCAGUGUGAAGUAUGUGUAUAACAGAUUAAUAGAGUGGCAUGUCUACAGUGUUGUAUCAUUUCAGAUCUGUCCGUAAAUAUUGUACCGUGACACCUGCUCAGUUGAUCAUGAACCUCUCAGAUCAGUAAUUAUAUACUUCAAACUCUCCAGUUUUUAGACAGGAGUAUUGUUAUUUUCAUGGUACAUCCUUCGAGUGUAUUACGGUAUAUAUACAUCAAAUUAAAAAACAUCACUAUAAAGAUACGGUGCAAGAUUUGUGUACUAUUUUAUUAAGACAAAAAACUUGUUUGAAUGUUGAGAACAUAUUUAUUAAAAAUUAAAUAUUGAAAACAUAGCAUUCGUAUUUGAUUU